AACUGAUUCUCCGAUGAACAGUUAAAGAUGCGGCAUAAAAUGCCAAAUGAUUCUGUUAUGCUCACAGCUCUCCUUCUUUCUCUCUCAAUCAGCUCUAAUGGCGAAAACUAAAUCCCUCAAGAACUCCAUUGUAACCCUUAAUCCCCAUAUCUUCCCUCAAUUUCUCUCUCUCUUUUCACCAAAGAAUCACCCGAGAAACCCCCAAUUAUCUUUCGCCCCUUCAAUGCGAGUAUUCUUCUUCUUCUUCACUUUCUUGUUGGCUACGAUUCUAUGCUGUGUAGCAAUGAAUCCGUUUCUGAACACACCGUCGUUGUCUAUAUUUUCUCAAUCAGCUUCAUACUCGCCCCUAUUUCUCGCUUCAUUGUCCUCCGUGUUUCAAGAUCCAACUGCUGCUGAUAACAACGAUGCUCCGGUAAGUCUCACCACCACUGCAAUGGUGCCGUUACCACCUCGUUCUGUGACAGGAACUGCAUCGGAGUUCUGGCAGCAGCCGGAUGGGGAAGGGUACCGGCCGUGUUUGGAUUUUAGUUUGAAUUACCGGAGGAGGUCUAGUAAGAUUGCGAAAGAGAAGAUGAAGUUCUUAGUGGUUUUGGUUUCGGGAGGAUUGUUUCAGAUCAGGAAUCAGAUUGUGGAUGCUGUAGUUAUCGCCAGAAUUCUCGAAGCUGCGCUGGUUUUCCCCGUUUUACAGGGAGAUGAGAGUGAAGAAUUUUCAAAAAUUUUCGAUGUAGAGUACUUCAAGAAGACAUUAAAAGCCGACAUUAGAGUAGUAUCAUCUCUUCCCACUACACAUCUGGUUUCAUGGCAAUCAUUAGAGAAUCAAAUUCCACACAACGUUCCCCCCUUUUGGCUUCGCGCAAAAUUCUUAAAGAAGCUUAAUGAAGAAGGGUCUCUAGUAUUAACAGGCCUAGACUCAAAACUUUCCAAGAAUCUUCCACUCGAUCUUCAAAAACUCCGAUGCAAGGUUGCAUUUCACGCAUUGAAAUUUGCAAAACCGAUUCGAGAUCUUGGAAACCGAAUCGCAAGAAGAAUGUGGAUCGAGGGCCCAUAUGUAGCCAUUCCUCUCAUACUAGAAAAAAAUCUCUGGUUAAGAACAAAAGAGUACAAUUCUAUUAUAACCAAAGAACACGGGUUUCUUAAUGCGUCAGAAGUAGCAAGGCUGCUUAAAGAAUUAGGAGCACCAAAAACUGCUCGAUUGUACAUUGCAAGUGGUGAGCCAUUUGAGGAUGAUGAAGCGAUUCUGCCAUUGAAGGCUGAGUUCCCAAAUGUGGUGACAAAAGAGAUGUUGGCUCGAGAUGGUGAACUUGAUCCAUAUAGAAACAAAACCCUAAUUUUGACUGCAAUCGAUUAUAUUGUGUCACUAAGUAGUGAUGUUUUUCUUCCUUCUUUUGAUGGUAAUAUGGUCCGAGCAUUGCAGGGUCAUCGUGCAUAUGUGGGACAUAGAAAAUUUAUAACAAUGUGGAGGGAUUUCAAGGGGCAACCGGAGACAAGGGGUAGGAGGAGAGAUAGAGAUGUAAUAGCCUAUCCGGUGCCGGAAUGUAUGUGUAAACACUAGUGUCAUGGAGGGUAUUUUGGGAAGAGUGCUUCUGGCUUUUUUUUCAACCCAUUUGGGAUUCUUGUAGCAUGUUCAUAUUGUAUCAAUUCUUGAAUCAUGUUUUUUCAAUUGUA